CAGGCGUGCUGGGCUUUCCUUGUUGUAUGUGGCCCACAGGCGCCAGCCAAGUCUUCAGGCCAUCUUGACUCAGCCGGUUCAAGCCUGACCGAAGACAUCCGGAAUCUGUGGACCAUGGCCUCGCUGUCGCACUCCAGGCUGAACAUACCGCUGACUAGUCUUUGUGAGGACUCUGAACCGGAGGGCAGCAGCGUAGGCAGCAAGACUGACCAGUGGUACCACCAGAAGGACAUCGACCAAGACUCUGAGGUCACCUGGGAACAUUGGGACGACAGCAAGGACAAGCCAGAGGAGCUGGGCCCCAGCAUCUUCCAGGGAAACGAUUUAGAAGGGGACGAGGAUACCAGAACCAAGACGGGAAAGACCCAACAGUCUGAAGAUGACUCAUCUCUCUUUCCUCUUCUCCCAGAAACGCCUCUCUCAAUGGCAUCACCCAGAAUCUCGAAGCACUCACCCCACCGAGCCUACUGGGUGGAGCAGCAGAACAGGCUGCCUCUGCCCCUGGUGGAACUCAUGGAGAGUGAGGCUCUGGAAAUCCUCACCAAAGCCCUCCACAGCUACCGGUCAGGGAUCGGCAAGGACCACUUCUUAACCAAGCAGCUGCAGAGAUACAUCGAGGGACUCAAGAGGCGACGGAGCAAGAGGCAACACAUCCUGGUGCACUGAGAGCACCAGCUCAGGCUCAAGUAGACUGUCCAACGCCAGCCCCAGUCCCUAUCCUGCCCUGAGAUACAGCCCGACCCCCUCCCUCCACGUGGAAUUUGAACCCUAGAGAAAUAAAAGAGCCUGUACAAGGUC